AUGCCAAAGGAAAUCAACGACAUCAAGGCCUUCCUCGAGGUGUCUCGCCGCAAGGAUGCUUCCUCCGCCAGGAUAAAGAAGAACAAGGCCACAGGCCAGACCAAGUUCAAGGUCCGAUGCCAGCGAUAUCUCUACACCCUCACCCUCAAGGACUCGGACAAGGCCGACAAGCUGAAGCAGUCACUCCCACCUGGCCUCACCGUCACCGAGACCCCAAAGAAGAACGCCAAGGGCAAGCACACCGCCAAGACCUCAUAG